UAGUUAAGUUUAAUAUGGGAAAGAUUCAUCGGCACUUUUUAGUGUUUAUAUAUGCCUAUGCGUGCGACUCAUUGAACUAUAUUAUAUUAUUAUUUAUUAUCAUUUAGUUCAAUGGUGCGACCAAUAUAUAUAUAUAUAUAUAUAUAUAAGUGGUCUUGUUAACGUUAUUUCAGAUAUUUGUUUCCGGCACAUAUAUAACUAUAUGGUUUCUGGUAAUUGGUCAAUCGUGGUUUUUACAUUUCAGGCUUAUCUUUAUUUACAUUUGGGAUGCGGCGUGCGUUUCUAUGUUAUGUCAACGGUUAACGGCGUACCUGAAAUCUGAAAAUACCGUUUAUUUGACAUUUUGUAUUUGACAAGCUACUAGUGACUUGUCAGCCAUUUACAUCUUUUCCAUCCUGAUUUGUUAGUGAUCUAAAUUGUCGAUUAUUGUAGACUUUUCUGAUUACUUUUAUUCAAAAUAUCGUUAUUUUUGAUUUUAAUUAGUAUACAAGCAUAUAAAAAUGGUCUUAAGUCCUCUUACGUCCAAACAAGUCUUGGAGUUCUUGCCUUUGAACACGUGGACUGAGAUUCAUUUGCUUCAAAGCGAUUUUAAAAAUGUAUAUAUAGCAACAACAAAGGAAAAAAUGGAAAAGCGAUUGAAAGAUAUGCAUUCAAUUUCAUUACAGAGUGGCUCUUAUGAUAAAGUUACAACAUUUAAAGUACUUGAGAUAGUUGCUGUUGAAAUUAAAGGCAAAUGGUAUAGAGGUAAAUUAAUUAGUUUCAAUGAAUUUCAAACUGACAAUACCAGAAUUGAAUUAAUUGAUAUUGGCUCUAUUUAUCAAACUAAGUUAGAAAAUCUGUUUGUUCUUCCAUAUUAUUUUAUGUAUGAACCAUUAGCUUUACCGAUAACAUUCAAGAAUUUUAUUCCGAAGAAAACAACGUUUUUUAUAAAACCCCUUCUGUCAGAAAGUAAUCUACAUGAAGGUAUUGUUCUUGUUGAUGUUAACUGUAAUGAUAAAAUGUCGGAAAACGGUGUUCAAGAUAAUCAGUUAUUGAAAACGAAAAAAGACAAUAGCUCUUUUGAUGAUUCAAGUAUUAUAACUGUUGAAAACAUGAGCAAUAGUCACAACAUUAGCAAUGGCCACAACAUUAGCAAUGGUCACAACAAUAGUAAUGGUCACAACAUCAGUAAUGGUCACAACAUUAGAAACGGUCAGGACAUUAACAAUGGUCACAACAUUAGAAACGGUCAGGACAUUAACAAUGGUCACAUCAUUAACAAUGCUCUCAAUAAUAGCGAAUCAAGCUUAUAUCUAUCUAGUAGUUCCAGAAAAGGUAGCAUUUUUAGUCAAGAAAAACUUAACAAUAUGCCAUUAAAAAAUGAGGAUUAUUGCAUUUUGACUUAUUUUGAAGAUUUCACUUGUUUAUAUGUUGGAAAAGCUAUUAAAAGUGACACAGAUGGCAGUUAUAAUUUCUUUGAUUUUGACAUUUUAUGCAAAACUGCUUGUAGUACAGAUAAAAUACUUAAGUAUGAUCCUAUUGUGGGAGAUAUUGUCAAAGUUUUUUCGUCUCAAAAUGAUGGUUUAUUCAGAGCAAAAAUACUAAAAAAUAAUAAUAAUGGAAGUUAUGAUGUUUUCUACAUUGAUUAUGGAAACAUUGAAACUGUCUCAUCAAAUGUUAUUUAUGAAUUGGCUAAUGAAUUGAAGAAGCCUGGAAUAGCUGUUAAAAUAGGACUCAGUGAUUUAAAAAAUAUUCAAACUACUGAACAAAUUAAAAAUAUGUUUAACCAGUUUUGUGACAACGGAAAGCUGUUUAUGAUUGAGUUGGAUGAAAGAUCUAAAAAUUGUCUAGAAAAUGCAAAAUUGAAAGAUAUAGAUAAUGGAUCAUGUAUUGAUUCUAAAUAUAUAAUGAAAUACACAUCAAUACAACCUGGAAUCAUGCCUGUGCAAGUUGAAGAAAAUAUUUCAAUAAUUCAUAAUAAUAAUCAACUCAACCAUUUAAAAAAUAACGAUAUAGUUUUUUUAAAACAUUUUGAAGAUAUGAAUAGUGUAUAUAUUGUAAAGGAUGUACAACUAUUAAAUGAUGUGAUUUUAAAAAUUAUUACUGAUAAAACUGCUGUUUGUAAAAAAGAAUUAAUUGUCGGAGAUAUUGUUAAAAUUGUGCUUGAAAAAUCUCAAUAUCGUGCAAAAAUUAAAAAAAUUGAUGUUAAUUUGAUUUGUGUUAAAAAUAUUGAUUUUGGAUACUGUGAAUUUGUCGAGGCAAAUUCUGUUUGUGAACUAUCAGAUGAUUUAUUAAAGAUUCCUGGAUUAGCUAUAAAGAUUGGAAUUAAAGGAACUUUAAUAAAGAAGACACCUGACUUAGAUGUUUAUAUUGAAAAAAUCGAAAGAAUUCCAUUAUAUUUAGAAUUUGAAGAAGGAAAUUCCAGUAGAUAUCAAGAAAUUAUUUUAAGGAGAAAAGAUAAUUCUGAAAAUAUUUUUGAAGAGUUUUUAAAAUCAAAUAAAAAUCAAUUAAUUUGUAAUCAAAUUUCAAACAAAUGUGAAAACAAUGACACAAUAAUCAAAUCUAGUGAAAGCUUAAUCAACAGUUUUGAAAACAUUACAUUAACAGUUGGGGAUUAUUGUAUUGUUUCUUAUUUCAAAGAUUUUAAAAAUAUUUAUUUAUGUAAAGCUGUAAAAAAUGAUGCAAAUGAUUAUGAAAUGCAUAAUUUACCUAUUGUUCUAAAGACCAUGGAUAGUAAAGAUCGUAAUGCUAAAGUAAAUCCAGCCAUAGGAGAUAUUGUCAAAGUAUUUUCACAUUUGUUCAGUGAUUUUUAUAGAGCUAAAAUAUUAGAUAUUGACAAUAACCAAUUCCAUGUUUCUUACAUUGAUUUUGGAAAUACAGAGAUUGUUAGUUCAAAUGAAAUAUUUGAACUUUCAGAUGAAUUGAAAAUAAAGACCAAAUUACCAACUCCAGUAGCGAUUGAAGUUCCCCCAAAUGCCAAAACAACAGAUGAAAUUCAAAUUUUUUUUGAUAAUUUAAUAAAUGCUAGUGUAGUUUUGUGUAUUGAAAACAAAACACAAAAUAUUGAUGGUUCAGAAAAUAUUAUUCUAAAAGAAUUAAAGUCUGGUAGAUUAGUAAACACUGAAUUAUUGAAAUUAUUACCUGUUGAAAAGAUACCAAUUAAUAAUUUUGAAAAUUCUAAUAAAACACAUGUUGUAGAUGCUAAAUGUGACAAUAAUCAUGAUUUAGAGAAUGUUAAAAUAUUAAAGAAAACUAUGGAUAGUUGUACAACUGAUGAAAAUGUUCAUUUAAAAAUUGAAGAAGAAAAAAAAUCACCAGACUUUAAAUUUGGGCCACUUAAGAAUAGAGAUUUAGUUAAUUUAAGAUAUUUUCUUGAUUCAACUUCUGUAUUUGUUUCUCGAAGUUCUGAAGAACAUUUAAAACUGUUUUAUGAUGUUACUACAAGAACAAUAGAAGAUAACUCGAGAAGGAAACAAAUAGAAAUUAAAGUAGGAGAUAUUGUUAAAGCAAUAUUUCUUGAUAAUAUGUAUAGAGCAAAAAUACUUAAAAAAGUUGAUCAUAAUCGUUUCUAUAUUUCUUUUAUUGAUUUUGGAAAUGAUGAGAUUGUUUAUGCUGAUGAAAUUUUUGAAUUACCCGAAGAACUAAAAAAGAUUCCUGGUUUGAUUGUAAAAAUUGGAAUUAAAGGAUCACCAAUAGUUGAAAAAUCAAAUGAUUUAGUAUCAAAAUAUUUAGAAGAUUUAGAAGACGAAUCUUUAUACAUUGAAUAUGAUGAAGAAAACCCGAAUGGAUUAAAUGAAGCUAGUUUAAAAAGAAAAAAUGGUUCUGAUAUUUUUGAAGAAUUAUUUAAAAUUUUGGGAAAACCAAUGGUUACUAAAGAAGAAUCCAUAAAAAAAGAACAGAACUUUACUAAAAAUGAGACAUUGUUAAUAAAUUCACCUGAACCAGAAAUCAUAUCAAAUAUUGAAUUGAGAACUGGUGAUACUGUUUUUUGUAGUCAUUUUGAAGAUUUUAAUCAUCUAUACCUUUGUAAAAGUUCUAAAAAUAAUACUAUACCAGAAAAUUAUAGUAUGAUGAUUGAUUCUAAAUUGGCAAAAGAUAUUGUUGUAAAAAAGAAUCUUAAAUAUAAGGAUAUAGUAAGAGUGAAGUUUGAAGAGAAAAUUUUCCGUGCAAAAGUACUUGAUAAAUGUGGACUUAAAUAUUCUGUAUUUUUAAUGGAUAUUGGAAAGAAUAUAAAUGUGCUUGCUGAUGAUAUCUUUGAACUUCCAAGUACCUUAAAAAAUAUUCCUGGUUUAGCUCAAAAGGUUGGUCUUAAAGGUACACAAGAUUUAAUAAUUACUUCAGAUGUUAAAGAUUAUUUUUAUAACCUGUGGCAUAAUGAUCCAAUUCCAUUAAUUUUAAGAUAUGAUGAGGGCAAUUUCAAUUAUUUAAAUGAAGUAAAUUUAAUAAAACAAAGUGAUGGUCUUGAUAUUGUUGAUGAUUUAAUCAAGAUGUGUAGUAAAUCUGACAUGUCUAAUAAAUCUAAACCGGCUCAAGUAACAAAAAGUAAUGGUUCAAAUAUUAAUAAUUGGCAAAUUUUAAGCGGAGAUCAUGUGGAAUUUUUAUUUGGAAAUAAUGUUGACAAUAUUUUUGUAAGAAAAAUAAAAUUAUAUGAAGAAUUUAAGAAUGUUUUAGACCAACUAAAAGAAGAAAAUAGUAAAAAUUACAAACCAAUAACUCCAAAGACUAAUGACAUUGUUGCAGUAUAUUCUACAAAAUAUAAUGGGAUUUAUAGAGCUAAAGUCAACAUACCAUGUUUUGAUGAUACAAAUAGGGUUAAAUGUCUUUUGAUUGAUAUUGGUCAAAUUGAUAUGAUACCACCUAAAAAUGUAUUUUCAUUGCCAAACUAUGUACUAUUAAAUAAAGUGCCAAAUAUGGUUCGUAGAGUGACACUUGCCGGUGUAAACAAGAUCUUUAAUACUAAGAUAACUCCGUAUCUAUCUUCAUUGAAAGGAAAAGCAUAUAUUAUGGAAUAUGAUAAGAAAUCUGAUCAAUGGCAUAAACAAGAAGUUGUGUUAAAAGAACUACAAAGCAAGUUGUCCAUUAAUGAUGAAGUACAAAAAUUAUUUUCUGAUGAUGCUUCUUCUGUUCCUAUAUCUCAGCAGCGACGAUUAGAAAGAAAAAUUAUCCUGCCUGAGCCAAAAGAAAGUACAUUGGAAAAACCAUCUCAUCCUAUUAAAAGUGGUUCAUCUGUUUUCAUAACUAAUUUUGAAAACUUCAAUUCAAUUUUUAUUCGUGAUGCAUCAUAUGAAUUUAUUGAGAACUUUAAUGCAUUUAAUAAAAAAAUGUUGAAAUAUUAUAGAAAUACUAAUAAUGAAAUUGCCAAAGUAAACUUGAAGAUUGGUGAUAAAGUAUGUGUACAGUCAUUAUUAAAUGUAGUAAUGCAUUCUCGUGCUAUUAUAAUCGACAUCAUUGAUAACGAAUACAAUGUUUUUUAUCUGGAUUAUGGAAAUACAGAACUAGUUAGUGCUGAAGAUAUAAUGGCUUUGCCAGAAGAAUUAGAAAAGUUCCAAGAUUUUGUCAUAAAAGUUCAACUACAAAACAUGCCACCGUUGAAUACCAACAAUGAAAUUCAAGUUAUCAAAAAUCAUUUCAAAAAAAAUUUUAUUACACCCAAUGCAACACUUUCUAUUGAAUUUAAUGAGUUCAAUCCAAAAGGUCUUGAUGAUGUUGUUUUAAGGACAGAGUAUUAUAAAAAGGAUAUUGUUGAGGAUAUUAGAGACUUACUAAAUGCACCACCAAUGAAUAUUAAAAUAACAGGGCAAAAUAAAAAUACAGAACAACAAACUUCAUUUCCUGGCAUAUGUCCUUACCCUACACGAAGACUGUUAUAAGUUAUAAAUUAUUGUUAUUAAAUACAUUGUGUAUCCAGUUUUAUUUUUUAAUUUUUGUUAUUAAAAAGAAAGAUGCUUUUUAUUUUAUACAUUUUUAUUCAUUAACUAUUUUAUAAUUAUUAAUUUUGUUAUUAAUGAGUUAAUAUUUGAUUGAUUUUAUACAUUUUAAUAAAAGAAAAGCAAGAUAGCUUUUGUGAUUUUGUAAUAACUUA